AUGUCAACGUCAACCACCACAACUCCAGUUCACCAUCACCCUCUUUCACCCAAUGAUUUACCAUCUGGUCGUUCGCGAAGGAGCAGGAACUCUCCUGGAACGGACCCACAGAACUCGAACUACCUCAUUCUGAAGUCACAAUAUGAGAAGGAAGGACAACCUGAUUGGGAUGGGAGCGUGCGGAAGUUGGCGAGGCUCAAAGGAGAGUUGCAAACGAGAAGAUCACCAGAAUCGUCUACGUCCUUGCCUGAUUUAUUCAACAGGGAGACCUCGACAUCUGCCUCGACUUCCAGGUCUCCCACUAAUGAUCUGCGAACAGCACCACCUCUUAUCGUCGUUGGCGGCGCGGCUAGUGCGGACCAACCUACAGAACCCACCGAAGCAUCACCCUCGUUAAUUACCUCACAAAUUCUAGCUACAAAGUGGCACGAGUACUCGGAUGAGGCAAUCCAAACAGCCAUAUCCAACAUUAGCUCUUCUUCUUCCCCAGCAGACGUAUCUAAUCAUCCGUACCACGACGUCUUGCGUACGCUGUCGUUGGCGUUGAGCAAUUUGUCGCGCGUCAGGAUGGAACUUGAGCGAAGCAGGAAGGCGUUGGAGGAGAAGGAAAUGGCCAGAAGACGCAGGGCUGAAGAAUUGUUGAAGGAUCUCAUGCAGCCGAGCGAGAGGGACAUCGUGAAGCGUGUUGUGAAGGAAAUUUUUGUGGACGAAGAUGAAGAACUAGAGGUGCAGCAUCAGGUGCAGAGAAAGCAGAGUCUUAUGUCUCUCGUCGAUUCUCUAUCUGAAGCUCUCGCAGACGAGUCGCAUCUGUCUCGAAGCCUACCCAAAGAGGUCCCGUUUCCGAUCGUACCCCAGUCAUCUUCUGACCCUAUCGCCGAUGCCGACUCGCCCAGUAUAAUGGAACAUGAUACAGAUUCAAUAUCCAUUUCAUCGCGAGUUUCCAAGACUUCAAUUUCUUCCGAAGCCUCCAGAUCCUCUCAAACAGUUGCUUCUCGGCCAAACUUUGGGAACUGGAUGGGUGGCCUCUCGUUAUGGGGGAGAGGUAGAGCUCAAACGAUCAAUGGCAAAGAAACUUCCCCUGCUCUUGACAGCGUUGCAGAAGCACUACAAGAAGCAGAAACGCCUGCUUCACGCGUAGGUGCCAUUGAAAGGCAGCAACGACGUCGAACCGCGAAGAGUGUGUUUGGUACACUGGGAAUAUCCAUUCUUAACCCCACUACAUCGUCCACAACAUCUAAGCAUGCGAAAUCGUCCUCUGUCACUAUCGAUGUAACGGAAGGGACAUGCGCACCCAGCCCUGACGCGGAAGCUCCCGCUGGGGUUGAAGCGCCGGUCGAUAAUGAGCCCCAGCCUUUAGCGGAUGAGUCAUCAUCAAUACGAUCGUUUAGGUCCAACCAUACUGCCCACACAACGUACACUUCCCGCACGAACGCAACUGACGCAUCGUUGGCUGCAUCUAAAUCAUCUAGAUCGGUUCCCUCCCCAGUUCAACCGUUGCUAUCACCGAUCUUCGCUGUUGCCGAAGGUCGUCCCUCAUCGCAAGAGACGAGUGGCCUUCUAGAUGAUCCCCUAGACAAGGUGACACAAGGUACUGUGUCCAAACCUCCCUCCCAAACGAUCAAUUCAACUUUGGCAUCUUCACAUGAUGCUCGUGUACCCCCAAAACAACUAAGUCUUCCUGAAAUCCCUCUUGCGCAACUUCCCCAAGGUUCAUCCCUCGCCGCAAUUAUAAAUGCAACCCGCGUCAUGACCAGCGACCCUGGAAGCGUUCUAUUAGAUCAAGGACAGGAAACGAGCGAUCUGAUUAAACGGCUCGCUUGGGAUCUGGUGAGAAAUGCCAGAGAAGAAGGUUUAGAGACCAGAAGGCCGAUUAUGCCCGGCAGAAAACUAUCUAAGGCUGUCCAGAAUGCUAGUACCAUCACAGAUUCGCUUGACCCCUCGAGCACCGAAAAGCCACCGGGUACAGGUUUGACCUUUGCGUCGGUGGAUAGUGGAGACGCCAGGUCAUCGCUUAGUCGGGCUCUCAGUUUCGGCACCUUUAGUGAUCAAUCUUCUUUGAAGACGCCUAGGGCCAUUCCGAAAUUCAAAGCCAAACCAAGACUACUCUCAUCCGUCAUUGUUGCUCCAUCAUUCGGCGGUGGCGGUAUUUCCAGCCCGCUUUUCGGGGGGUUCAUCGGAGGAGGAGGAGGAGGAACUAUUUCUGGCUCAGGUGCGAGUGGUUCCAACGAUUCUGGCGCUGCGAAGGGGGCCGAGGCAUCUCAGAAACCCGGUGUUGAAAUUUCCGCUGCGAACCCAGCUGGUGCGAGUGGUGCUCUGUCAGGUGCAGGUACUGCGCGCAACAAAAACAGUUCCUCUGUCCCACUCGAGUCUAUCAUACCAGCCAUAGCCAAACCACCAACGCAAUAUCUUUCUCGGACGUAUACGCCUCUUACAGUUCCUAACUUUCGAUUCAACAUUCCCCUGCCGUCCAGUGCAUCCUCUAAAUCCGUGUAUCACAGUCAGGGUCAGGGUGAUGAACCAGAUGCCCAAUGGUUGUUGGAUUUGACUGAUCGGUUCGGGUUCAUGUAUGACGUCUCGAAGUAUGAUCUACUGUUAUUGAUGAGGGCGAGGGAGUGUCAAUGUACAGCGCCGGCAUGUUUGACAGGUGUUAAGAUUGCUGAUAGGGUGGAGGAUAAUAUGUGGCCUGGGGAAGAGGAUGACGAAGACGAAUAUGAGAGCGCGGGGGUUUUGUCGAGGAAGAAAGCGAAGGAUGAAAUAGAGAUCGUGAAAGGCAAAUGCGAAUGUGAUGGUUUACCGACUCCUUUCUCUUUCAGGUCCCCCUCGCUUGGAUCCCCAGUAGUAGAGGACGCGGAAAGUACAAAGAGUAUCAAGAGCAUCAAGUCGACGUCGAACGAUGCGGACUCUAAUCUCACCAAACCGUUGUCGACGAAAUCUCGGUCGUCUUCUAAACGAACAUCUUUAUCAGUUUCCGCGUCUGCAAUAGCCAGUACGCUUGCGCCAUCCUCGUUAUCAACCUCUACGACAUCGGUAUUGUCGGUGAACCCAGACACGCCCCGGCAUGUCUGCGCGAAUGUUGUACGACGUUUACUUGGCGAUCUGAUGGAUAUACACGAUGAGCGGCAGAAAACUCAGCGUAAGGAGUGGGACAGUUUUGUCAAGCAACGGCGGGCGAAGGCGAAACAGCAGUCUUCAUUGUCGAAGCCUUAUUCGACGUCUACUACGAGCGCUGCUGCGAUUCUCGGGCUCAGUAGUGGCUAUGAGGAAGGAGAAGACGAAGAGCUUGAUCACAGUGAGGGUUUGAUUGGGUUUGCUCAAUUUGGGUUGUCAAGUCACAACAAUAAGGAUGAAAGGAAAGAGUUCGAUCGACUCGUGAGGAGAGGUAUUCCUAUGGUUCAUCGAAGCAAGGUGUGGCUUGAGUGUAGCGGGGCUCUGGAGAUGCGAGAACCUGGGUUGUUCAAGGAUCUAUUAGCCGAGGCUGAGAAGGACAGGCAAGAUCAGGCAAAGGGGGCAAGCGUGUUGGUGGAGAUUGAAAAGGACGUGGGGAGGACGAUGCCGCUGAAUGUGUUCUUCGGUGGUGAUGGGGCUGGAGUUGAUAAGCUGAGGAGGGUGCUGGCGGCUUAUAGCAAACGGAAUCCUACUGUCGGGUAUUGUCAAGGGAUGAAUCUCGUCACAUCGACGUUGCUGUUGGUACAUGCGGAUGAAGAAGAAGCAUUCUGGGUUUUGGCUGCCAUCGUUGAGCGGUUGUUACCGGAAGACUUCUUUUCCCCUUCACUCCUUCCUUCACGCGCUUGUCCUAUGGUGCUUCUCGACUACGUGCAAGAGUACACACCAAAGCUCUAUUCACAUCUUAUCGACCUUGGAGUGGACCUCCCUGCGAUUUGUUUCUCCUGGUUCCUAUCACUAUUUACAGAUUGUCUUCCCGUCGAGACACUUUUCAGGGUCUGGGAUGUAUUUUUGGUUGAUGGUCUUGAUGUAUUAUUCCGUAUAGCCCUUGGCAUCCUCAGGAGUAACGAGCAGGAACUCUUGCGAUGCCAGUCGAUACCCGCUGUAUAUGUUGCACUAGAAAACCUUCCUACGAGAAUGUGGGAAGCUGAUAAAUUAUUACAGUUAGAAGCUGACCUACGGACUACCAUUCUGCAUAACGACUUGGUCAACAAACGGAAACUACAUGUCGCUUCACUCAGUCAACUUUUAUCAUAA